AUGUCGUCCACUUCGAAGAUUGAUGCGCUUGCGGACCGCGAUGUCGAUACAACCGAUACCGAACUCCGUUACAUGGCAUAUGCUGCACGGUUGAGAACAGCCGUGCGUGCUGGACAUCGUUACAUUGCCUAUACUAGUGAUGUUGGAGAGGCUUUCCGUCCAGUCGUUCCUCCAGUUGUUGUUAGUGCUGCAUACGGCAUCUCUUGGUUAUAUCUUGCGGGUGAUGUGAGCUACGAAUCAUACAAAGCUCACCGAAAGGGUCCAUCUCCGUUAGAAGCUGCGCACUUCUCCGAGCCAACUCGAAUUGGGAUGGUCGCCGUUAAACGCGCAGUGUUUCAGUCCAUAGCCUCGAUGGCUCUUCCCGCUUUUACAAUCCAUACCGCCGUCAAGCAGGCCAAGAAAAUGUUCGUGAAUACCCGAAGUCCGCGCGUUAAGGCAUGGGGGCCGACUGCUACCGGUCUUGCUAUCGUACCCAUCCUUCCUUACCUUUUCGACAAACCCGUGGAGCACGCUACUGAUUACGCUUUUGAGUGGAUAGAGAAGCAGAUGGUGGAAGGGGAUUCCAAGACACAGUCGCGAUAA